UUGCGCUUUGCGGUUCUGCUUUUCAUCCCUGGGGGACUUGGAGUUCUCUCAUUCCAAUCAUUCCAGUCUCAGCGAACAAUCGGCCCUCAGUUAUUUAAUAGCAGCGCGAUCUCUCGCACCGCUCAGUCUGUUGUGAGAUCUUCUCAGACGCACACCGUAGCAGCGCGCUCUCUCUCUCUCUCUCUCUCUCUCUCUCUCUCUCUCUCUCUCUCAGAGCAACAAAUACUCUACAUAAUCUGCAGUUCCACUACAUUUUAUUAGGAUUAUUUUUCUUCCGUCAGCAAGAAAUAUAAACAAUAUACGUCGUGAACAACUUGCUUCCGUGGUGAGAAUGUAGAUUGCAUUUCGGGAGUCGGCUUUGGUCUGUGAUUAAGUUUGAGAGUUCAUCUGCACUUUAUUGACAAUCUGUGGUUUAUUAAGAAUCCAAAACAUCCAACUCUUCAGCACAUCCAUUCACUUAUUUAUUCUCUGAUUGACUGAGAUGAGAACUGCUGAGGAGUCUUCUGGCACGGUCCUGCACCGUCUAAUCCAGGAGCACCUCCGUUACGGGAACCCCACAGACACCCGUACCCUCCUGGCCAUCCAGCAGCAGGCCCUGCGUGGAGGCAGCAACAGCAGCGGAGGAGGCGGUACCGGAUCACCCCGCUCCUCUCUGGAGAGCCUGACCCAGGAAGAGUCCCAGUUCAUCCACAUGUCCACCAGACAGGACCCCCAGGGCCAGGAGUACCAGGGAGACUACAAACACUGUGAGAGGGACUCCGUGUGUCACCUCUACCAGCUCCACAGACAUGGAGAGGAGCUGCCCACCUAUGAGGAGGCCAAGGCUCACUCUCAGUACCUGGCCUCGGUAGGGGCUCAGCAGGGUCAGCCUCAGCUGGGACCUGAGAUGAUGGAUCACCAGGGAGAUGGCCAGUGGGACCUGAAACGGAAGCACGCCCGGAGCCUCAGUGAGCGUCUCAUGCAACUCUCCCUGGAGAGAUCAAGCAGAGACAUUCAGCCUCUCAGCUCCUCUCACAGUUACCCUCAACUGUCUAAUGGCCACUCUGGGCCUGUUGAACACCAGGGGCCAGAGUUUCAGAGGGGACCUCCCCCAGACUACCCCUUCCUGGUCAGGCCUCCUGGAUACAUGCUCAGCCACUCACAGGAGACACACGGACAAUACUAUCAGGAACCACCUCCCUCAUUCCAAUCACAGCACAGGUACGUACCUUCCCAGCCCCAGGCCGAGAUGGUUCGACACAGUGUCCACUAUGGUCCAGAGGUCUACAUGAGCCACAGAAACCCCAGUACUCACAACAACACUGCCCAAAUGGACCUGUUGAGGGAGAACGAGAGACUAAGGAAAGAGUUGGAGGUGUACAGCGAGAAGGCCGCCAGACUUCAGAAGCUGGAAGUAGAGAUCCAGAGGAUAUCUGAGGCCUACGAGACCCUGAUGAAGGGCUCAGCCAAGAGAGAGACCCUGGAGAAAACCAUGAGGAACAAACUGGAGUCAGAGAUCAAGAGACUGCACGACUUCAACAGAGACCUCAGAGAUCGUCUGGACAACGCUACCAAACAGCAGGAAGUUGAAUCGGCAGACAGGAAACAGCAGGUCUUCACCAAACUCCUGGAACAAAAUGAGGAACAGCAGCGGGAGGUGCAGCGUCUGCGUGGCUCCGGGGACGAGUGGCUUCGGCGCCGGGAGGUGCUGGAACAGGCCCUGGGGUCGGCACAGGCCCAUAACCUGGCCCUGGAGGAGGAGCUUAGGAGGAAGAGGGCGUACGUAGAGAAGGUAAAGCGGCUGCAGAGUUCCUUGGGCCAGCUACAGGCAGCCUGUGAGAAGAGAGAGGCCCUGGAACUGAGGCUGAGGACCAGGCUGGAGCAGGAGCUGAAGAGCCUCCGAUCAGCACAGUCCCACAGCACGGUUAGCGGUCCUGGCUCCCUGCCCUUUGAUCUGAGCUCCAUGGUGUCUGUACAGCAGCAGCAGCUGGCUGAGAGAGAAGAGAGGAUCCUGGCUCUGGAGGCUGACAUCACACACUGGGAACAGAAGUACCUGGAGGAGAGCACCAUGAGGCAGUUCGCUAUGGACGCAGCCGCCACCGCUGCAGCUCAGAGAGACAGCAGCGUCAUCAAACACUCGCCUCGUCACUCACCCAACAACAGCUUCAACGACCACCUGCCAUUCAGCCACAGACACCAGGAGAUGGAGAACAGAGUCCGAGCGCUGCACUCCCAGCUCCUGGAGAAGGAUGCAGUGAUCCGGGUGUUAAAGCAACGAACUGGACGGGAGCAGAACAGGCUAGAGCAGCAGGCCCUCCGUCCAGCCAGGUCCGUCGCCUCCAUCAGCACCGAGCAGCAGGACCUCCAUCCAGCCAGGUCCGUCCUCUCCAUCAGCACCGAGCAGCAGGCCCUCCGUCCAGCCAGGUCGGUCGCCUCCAUCAGCACCGAGCUGCAGGACCUCCGUCCAGCCAGGUCCGUCCUCUCCAUCAGCACCGAGCAGCAGGCCCUCCGUCCAGCCAGGUCCGUCCUCUCCAUCAGCACCGAGCAGCAGGACCUCCGUCCAGCCAGGUCCGUCCCCUCCUUCAGCACCGAGCAGCAGGACCUCCGUCCAGCCAGGUCCGUCCCCUCCAUCAACACUGAUGGCCCAGUGGAGCAACCCAUCCAGGGGAAAGGGAAGAGCCUCUCUGAUGACCAGACGGCUGCUGCAAUGUCUCCUCUCUCCCUGCCCCCGCACCAACACCCCGGCGCCCCGUUGGCCCUGCCCGCCCUGUUGCUCCUGUCCAAGCCCCAGAGCAGGGACUGCAGCACCCAGUGUGACCGUGAUGUCCUAUCCCAGGAGACGGAUCUUACAGUGGAUCCCACCAGCAUGCUAGCACCCUCUGAGACUUCCUCGACCUCAACACCUGCCUCCGAGCACUUCCUGGCACCACUCAACACACACCAGAGCUCCAGAAGUUCAGACUCAGCAGCAGAAGUGGUGGAAAUCCUAAUUUAAGAAACGCCGAACUGUGGGAUCCGCUGUGGGAUGAAUGGUGACAACACGGUAGACGACCGAGAGAUCCUCAUGUCCUGUAUGUCCCUCCCAAGGAGGAGAAGACAACUUGUCUGUCUGUCUCUGGUCAGACUGACCUCCAGAUGGACACUUCCUUUGGAGAAUGACAGACAGUUUGGAGACAGUGUGGAGAAUGUUUGGAGACAUGGACAUGUUCUCCCUACCUAUGUACCUACCUAACUACCUACCUACCUAACUACCUACGUACCUACCUACCUACCUACCUACCUACCCCUACAUACCCACCUGC